ACGGAUGAACCACUGGCUACUUGCACUGUGGAACGAUGGUACACAGCCCCCGGAGUGGAACGCAUCCCAAUUAAGUCUGGCCGGGUCCGGGGAGCCCUCUUCUUGCCUCCAGGCCCUGGGCCAUUUCCAGGACUGAUUGACCUAUUUGGUGGAGCUGGAGGACUAAUCGAAUUUCGAGCUGGCUUAUUGGCUAGCAAAGGCUUUGCAGUUCUGGCUUUGGCUUUCUUUGCAUAUGAUGAUUUACCACAGACUCUGGAAGUAGUAGAUCUGGAGUAUUUUGAGGAAGCAUGCAGACUGCUCUUGAAAAAUCCUAAGGUAAGAGGUCCAGGACUUGGAAUUAUUGGUUUAUCCAAAGGAGCAGAAAUUGCAUUGGCCAUGAGUACCUUCUUAAAGGAAGUAAUGGCUUCAGUGUGCAUCAAUGGUCCAACAAUAAUGACUACACCACUUCACUUUCAUGAUGUCAGUAUCCCUGGAGCUUCCUACCCAAUUGAAAAGAUUCUCAUUAAUGAAAUGGGAUUGGCAUAUUUUUACUAUUGCUUGGAACAUCCUCUGGAUGAAAAAUAUGAAGUGUCUACCAUUCCUGUGGAGAAGGCCCAAGGGCACGUCCUCUUUGUGGUGGGGGAAGCUGACCAAAGCUUCAAUAGCAGGGCGUUUGCUGAAGCAGCCCUGGCUCGAGCAAAGAAACAUGGGAAAAAUCAUUGUAGCCUGUUGUUUUAUCCAGGGGCUGGACAUCUGAUAGAACCCCCUGGAUCUCCAGUUUGCUUUGCCUACCCACUUUGGUUUUCUCCCUUGCCGAUCCAAUGGGGAGGGGAAGUGAAGCCUCAUGCUAAAGCCCAGGAGCACUCCUGGAAUGAGAUCCUGAAUUUUUUUAAGUUUCAUCUUGGGCCACUUCAGAAGAGCAGCUUAUGAUAAAAGAAAGGCCAGGUUGUUUAGCUUCCUUUAGAACUAUGGAGUUGGAUGGAGCCAUUGAACUCCAAUCUUCUACCCUGCGCAGAGGUUAAAGUUAAAACAACUCCUUUAGAUGAAGGGGAGCCCUCUAGCUCUUCGACUGAUUAGAUCCAUUGUUGAACUGCUGCUUGGUGUUAGUAAAUUUUUCAGAACAUUCAAACAGAGUCUGCCUCACUGUUUAGAUGUCCCACCGGCUGAGAAGAAAACAGAUGUUAGCAUUCUCUGUGGGCUUCUUAAUGAAUGCUACCAUAUUCUUCCUUCCAUUCUUUGUUUUUCAUAAAGCUACACACAUCAAGAUUCUUCAUUCUGCCUUCAGAGAACUUACUUGCCAUUCUCUGAAACUACAACAGUGUCUGUGAAUUCUUAAAGGAUGGAACAUCUCCUCUUCAGAUUUGGAAUUUAUAUUUCUUCUGGUGCAAAGGAAAUUACAUUUGCCCUUUUUUUUAUAAUCACAGUGCUAUGUCAUAGUUUUCAAUCAACAACUAUUCUAAGCUGCUUUUUGUUUGUUUUUUGAGAUACUAGUGCCAAAUCAAAUAUCUUCGAUCCCACAAGUAUGCAUCUGAAUUCUGCUUUCUAAAUGCUUCAUUUCACCUUCGGUUCUCUGAA